GGGGGGGGGAAACCGUUUAAUCUCUUCCCUGUACGGGGGACCAGACUUUUUCCCUGUCGGGUCUCCGAUGUCGUUGGGCCUAACAUCGUGGAGCCGGUGGUGGCUUCCGGCCAGAACUAACCUAAGGGCUCCAGUCGCGGAGCCUGCGGACUCCCUCACCGUGGAGCUAGUUGACUUCAGAGCUUCGGAGGCUCCGGCUACAGGCCCGGUGGACAGGAACAUCGGGAGCUCACAGGUCCCUGGUGGGAGACCGCUUUUCGGAGCUCCCGCAACAGCAACUUCUCCCACUGGAAUCGCGGGGUUUAAAUGACUAGGAGCGGGGCCUAACAUCGCCUGGCGCGGCUUAACGGCUGUCACCCCCAGUCGCCUCGACGUUGCAGUUGGACUAUUGGACCACGGGAGAAGAACAAAGGGAAGAGAUAAGACUUUUUCCCUCCUUCACAGUGAGGAGGUGCUGGAGAUUCACUGUGAUGGAUGUUUGUGUAAAUUGUGUUAAAUGUGGGUCUUGGUUUUUUUUGUAAUGUUAAGACUGUAGAAAUGCAAUUUUGUUCAAACCAAGCUGUUUGAAUGACAAUAAAAGGCAUUCUAUUCUAUUCUAUUCAAUUCUAUAACUAUUGAUGGCCAGCAUCCAUUGAACCAACUCCCAACUGGUAAAAGGAAGAAAAAGGUAGAGGGAAAGAAAAUAUGUUUAUCUUCUCAAACAGUUUAUCCGUUGGCAACAAUUCAAGCAAUCUGUGUUCCUCCCUCCAGGUGGCAUUAUGACAGUGACAUAUACAAGUCGUGUGGCCAAUGCCCGCUUGUGCGGGUUUUCCAAGCUCUUGUUGCAGUGGAAGGGCAGCAUAUACAAAUUACUGUACAAGGAGUUCCUCAUCUUUAUGCUGCUUUACCUCACUCUCAGCUGCAUCUACAGGUUUAUGCUGAAUGAGAGCCAAAAGCGCUUCUUUGAGAAAAUGGCCAUCAACUGCAACAAUUAUGCUGAUCUAAUCCCAAUGUCAUUUGUGCUUGGGUUCUACGUCAGUCUGGUUGUGUCACGUUGGUGGAACCAGUACCAGAGCAUGCCAUGGCUCGACCGCCUUAUGUGCACUGUAUCCUGUCAUGUCCAAGGCAAAGAUGAAUACGGCAGGAUGCUACGAAGGACACUGAUGCGCUACGCAAACCUCGCUUCCAUCCUCACCUUCCGCUCAGUCAGCACUGCUGUCUACAAACGUUUUCCCACCAUGAGACAUGUAAUGGAGGCAGGUUUCAUGACUCCAGAUGAACACAAAAAGCUUGAACGCUUGAAUUCACCUCACAAUAAAUUCUGGGUUCCUUGUGUCUGGUUCGUCAAUUUAGCAGUGAAAGCGAGGCAGGAAGACCGAAUCAGUGAUUAUGUAUCAUUGGCACACAUCUUCAGAGAAGUAAAUAAUUUGCGCAGCCAGUGUGAGAAGCUCUACAGUUAUGACUGGAUCAGCGUCCCUCUGGUUUAUACACAGGUCGUCACCAUUGCUGUUUACAGCUUCUUUCUAGCCUGUCUGAUUGGACGACAGUUUCUUGAUCCCAGUCAGGGUUAUCCAGGCCAUGAGCUGGACCUGUACAUCCCUGCAUUCACCCUACUACAGUUCUUCUUUUAUGCAGGCUGGCUUAAGGUGGCUGAACAGUUAAUCAACCCUUUUGGUGAGGAUGAUGAUGACUUUGAGGCAAACUGGCUCAUCGAUAGAAAUUUCCAGGUUUCACUCUUGGCAGUUGAUGAGAUGCACCAGAACUUACCAGCUCUUGAAAAAGACAAAUAUUGGAAUGAUAAUGACCCCAAACCUCCAUACACAGCCGCAACAACAGAACACCGGAAACCUUCCUUCCUUGGCUCCACUUUUGACAUCAGCAUGCUGAAAGAGGAGAUGGAAUUCCAGCCCUUGGAGCAAAUCAAUGAGAACGAAGAAGUCAACCAUGCCACUCCACUUCUGAGUAACUUAGGCCGGCUGCUGGGAGUUCAGGCAACAAACUUGCAAAACAUUUCUCGAUCGACUCCUCGAAUCAAUCUAACGAGGAAGAGGAAUGGCACAUUUUCACCAGCUUCCAUGUUCAGCUUCUUGAGCUCGGAAUCAACACCAAAUGGAUUUCACAAGUCAGGAUCUCUUCCCCCCAACAGACCCUUUGCAAGAAUUCAACGAGCUUCCUCCUCCUCUCAUUCACCUUUAGGAUCAACUCAAGGCUGUGUUACAUUGGAUAGUGAGACAGGGGAUUUCGAUAGCUUCAUAUCCUCUUCACUCUAUGACAGACCCGGUUAUUACAGUGCUCCUCAAACACCUGUACAAUCCAUACCCAUGGCAUUUCCACUCAAACGGAUUCCUUUGAAGAAGCCCUCUAAGCUAGCCAACAUUUCUGCCUUCCCUGCCGGAAACCCAGGGAGUAACAGCAGUGUGUUGGCCUCAAAACCUGACGAGCUAGACAUGCACAAUAGCAUUAAUACAAAUAAAAUGUCCUUUAAUGAACCAUCUGAGAAGAUAGUAGCAGUGGACGGCUGCCAAAGUGCAGCUGAAGCAGAAGGUGCUACAAACUGUCAGUGCUUAAACAAUAAAGUAAUGUUAGAGUUAUCUAGCAGCUUCAGUCCUGGUAGCAGCAACAGCCUGCUAAUGAUUUCUGAAAGUCCACACUUUCUCUUCUCAGACAACUCUUCAGAUACAAAUAAACCUGAUAAUGGAAAGCAAAAACUAAAUAGUUUUCAGGAACGCAAACAUCCCAGACUGACCCUUGAGUCCCUUGGAUAUGCCAAUAACCCAGACCUUUUAAAUCCUUUGUACAACACACCAGGCCACGAGACAACCAUUUCCUCCUUUUCCUUCACACCACUGCCUUCCCCAAUGCUUGGAAGGUCAAGGAUAAUAAAUCAAAGCGGGACUGCAUCUGGUAUUGAUUACAAGGCAGAAAGUACUUCUUCCCCAGAAUUUUCUGAAACAGAGAUUUCUUCCAAGUUUCCCUCCCUAUCAACUCAAUCUACUCCUGACUGCACCAAAGAUGUCUGCAUGAAACCACUGUUGAAAAAUAUGACUGUGGCUCGAAACGAUUCAAGCUUCUCCCUCAGUGAUGGGGACCUAGUCAACUUCAUGAAUAUCGCAACUGAACAUGCAGAAACUGUCCCUCAGAAUGGGAAACAGGAAACUGUCACACCAGUAAAUAAAGGUAUUGUUUGGAUGGAAAACACAGAAUAAUGAAGAAUAUAUCAAAACCUUUAGCUUCCAGUUUAUGCUUUAUCUGUCCUAGAGAGUGAAUAAUCAUGAAUGUAAAUUUUGAAAUGACCAAAUUCGUUGAACAUAAUAUAUAGAACAGUACAGCACAGGAACAGCACAGCCCUUCAGCCCACAAUGUUUAUGCCAAACAUGAUGCAAAUUUAAAUUGAUCUCAUCUACCUGUGCACAAUCCAUAUCUCUUCAUCCCCUCCAGUUCCAUGUGAAUAUCUAAAAGCCUCUUAAAUGCCACUAACAUAUCUGCCUCCACCAUCACCCUCGGCAAUGCCUUCCAGGGCCCCAUUAUGCCCCUCAAAUUUCCAUUAAACUUUCCCUACUCUCUUUAUAGCUUUGCCCUCUAGUGUUGGACAUUUCCACCCUGGGAAAAAGGACUAUGUCAUCUGUGCCUCUCAUAAUUCUAUAUACUCUCUCAUAAUUUUAUAUACAAUUGAAUACAUUCCAAAAACUCUGAUAAUAUGCACAGAUUUUAGCAAAUGUAUCUUAUUUUGUUUUUAAAUAUUUAAAACAAAUAUAACUUUUGACACUGUAUCCAUGGUUAAAAUUUGGGAUUCAGAAACUGAUUCUGUAUUGAACAUUUUAUGAUUAAUCUUUUAUAUAAAUAACUCAGUGUAUGUUGUUGAGUCAAACCAUGCAAAAUCAGGAACACCUUUAGAAUCAAUGCUAUAUUGAUUGAAGCAGGUCCCUUUAUAAACUACAAGUAACAGUGAAGAGUGAUUGUUGAGAAAUUAAAACUAACAUUAAUCUAUUACUUCAGAGUUUAGUAGUCUGCUGCAUUUAAAUUAACACUAGCAUACAAAUAACCUUUUUUAAACAUUCACAACUGAUAGAUUCAUUUGCAAUUACUUGAUAAUGUAAUAAUUUUUCAAUGAUUCAAAGUGAUCCGGAACAAAUGUACAGGAGAGCAGACUCAAAGAAGAUGAAAGUUAAGAAGAUUCACAGAUUCAAAUGAUGUAGACUGUAUACAUCAGAAGGCAUGAUAUAUUUUUCUUUAAAAAAGGAUUAAAAGAAAACGACUAA